AUGGACAAUAAGCGUCACCCCAGUUCGUUCCAGCAGCUGGAGAAGCUAGGAGAGGGUACAUAUGCCACUGUUUUUAAAGGUAGAAAUAGACAAACUGGUGAACUUGUUGCUCUAAAAGAGAUCCACCUUGAUUCCGAAGAAGGCACACCAUCAACUGCGAUCAGAGAAAUCUCGUUGAUGAAAGAGUUGAAGCACGAGAAUAUUGUUAGCUUACACGAUGUCAUACAUACUGAGAACAAGCUCAUGCUGGUCUUUGAACAUAUGGACAAGGAUUUGAAGAAAUACAUGGAUACAUCAGGAGACAGAGGAGCUUUACCACCCCCUACGAUUAAAUCAUUCAUGCACCAGCUUCUCAAGGGAAUCGAUUUCUGCCAUCAAAAUCGAGUCCUCCACAGGGAUCUUAAGCCUCAGAAUCUUCUCAUCAACAUGAAGGGCCAGCUCAAACUUGCAGAUUUUGGUCUUGCGCGUGCAUUUGGUAUUCCUGUCAAUACUUUUUCCAACGAGGUUGUCACUCUAUGGUACAGGGCACCAGAUGUCCUCCUUGGAAGUCGAACCUACAAUACCAGUAUCGACAUAUGGUCUGCGGGAUGCAUCAUGGCAGAAAUGUAUACCGGUCGUCCCUUGUUCCCUGGUACAACUAAUGAGGACCAACUGGUACGAAUUUUCCGGAUCAUGGGUACACCAUCUGAGCGAACAUGGCCUGGCAUAUCUCAAUUUACCGAGUACAAGACAAACUUUCAAAUGUAUGCAACUCAAGACCUACGGGUCAUCUUGCCUCAAAUUGAUCCUAUUGGAAUCGACCUUCUUCAAAGAAUGUUGCAAGUAAGGCCAGAAUUGCGAAUCAGCGCACACGAUGCUUUGAGCCACCCAUGGUUCAAUGACCUACCAGGAGCAAUGAGACGUCCACAAGUACAACAAGGUCAGAUGCCGAUGCAGAGAGGAUAUGCGCCACAAGAGGUUUUAGGUCAGGGAGGUUACCAACAGUAUUAA